AUAGUUGUCAUAAUUUGAAAAAAAUAAAAUUUCGGGAAUCUGGAUUCGUUCUGUUACGCCAAAUCUAAUUUAUUAAAAAUCAGUUUGAACAAGCAGAUGUAAUAUAAUUUCUUCAAUUGAGAUGAAUAAUUCAAUUUCUAAACAGCAACUAGUGAAAUUGUAUUUCGUGAUAGCUAACGGCAAAGAAAUACAAAAUGCGUCCGAAGACAUUCAUAUGGCUUACUCCUCUGCACAGGAUCUCAGCAUUGAGGGCCUUAUCUCCUGGAUAGACGAAGAAGAGUGCCUACGGAUUCCGCCCGAACAGUUGACAAAAAAACAUGUGUUUGUAUUCGAACAGUUCUCCGGAGAGGCAUUUGAAUACAUUCGCGCUGCGAAUGCCGUUCUGAUAGGACCCCGCUGUUUGAUUAGCUGUUUCCAAGCCAACGAAGCAAUUCCACUAGGAAUGCAUCCGGUGUCAAACACGGCAAUGCGGAACCUGACUGUCUGCAGCUCCGGAUUGAAGCCGGAGGAGAAAAGUAAGAUCAGUCAGAUGGUGUUCUACAUGGGAGGAUGCUACUUGGACAUUUUAACGGGAAGUUGUACGCAUUUGGUUGCGUCAACAGUCAAAUCGGUAAAAUAUGAAAAAGCAGCGGAAAUAAAACUGAGAAUUAUGCACCCAGAUUGGGUGAAGGAUGUUUGGGAACAGAGUCAGAAAAAAAUGGUCAACGCUAAGGAUGCUAUUUUUACGAAACAUGCGCUUCCAGUAUUCUACUCGCUGACAAUAACCUCAACGGGGUUGUCCACUCAGAAGCGCAAUCAGGUGAAACAAUUAAUCGAAGAAAAUGGAGGUAAAUAUAUCGGGGCGUUCAAAUCAGAAAUCACAGAUAUUCUGAUUCUGGAGAAGGAUAACGUCGGUUCGGCAAAGUUUCAAGGAGCCGUUCGCUGCAAGAAAGAAUGCCUCUCACCGGCAUGGGUUAUUGAUAGUGUAGAGAAAGGAUAUGCUCUGCCGGUGGCAAAUUAUGAAAUACGUAGCCUUAAAUCUUCAACGCCGACGAAGGAUGAUCCCGCAAUGAUGUCGGGCAGAGAUUUCAACCCAGACAGCACUCAACUCUCGAUGAUAUCUCACGUGCACAGUAGAAGUUUAAAUAUUAACGAGAGUAUGAUGAGUAUGGUGCAAGGAAAUCGGCCUUCCACAAACAUUAUCAGCGAUCCAAUAUCAGUUCCUGGCCAGAAGCAGAAAUAUAGGGAUGUGCUGGCUAAAAUAAAUUUGUUACAAGCAAAAAAAGCUGGUCUUUUCCUGGAUGGUUGUAACAUCUAUUUGAGUGGGUUCACGGGCGAUGAUAAGGAGAAAUUGAAUAAAAUUCUUAACAGUGGCGGAGCCACUCGAUAUGACGAGAUAAGUGACCGCAUCAGCCACAUUAUUGUAGGCGAACAGGUGGUAGCUGAUUUUAGAGAAAUGCGCGAGCAAAACAUAACGCCGCAUGUAAUGACCCUCGAAUGGUUGCUAAAAUCGAUCGAACUUAAAACACCUGCUCCAGAAGAUGCUGAAUUCAUUUUUCGAUCAAGUUUGAGGGAUGUUGUUGUGGAAAAAAUACCGGAACCACCAUCACCUGCUAGCAAAAAGAAUUUGGAAUCGAUGAAUAGCACUUUUAAACGACCUGAGGCGCCUCCUAAAUUCCGUUUAGAUGAUCCGAAACCAGGUCCGAGUCGAGUGAGUGGGAUCGAGGACGAUAUUCUACAGCAGUAUAUGCAAAAGAAUAUUUCGGUACAGUUACCGCCUUUGGAGGCAAAGAAAACACCAGAUGUACCGUCAGCAUCGGCUUCAGUAAGUGGAUCUGCCACUCAGGAUUCGGAGUUCGAUUCCCAGGAGUCAGAAUUCAUGCUCGGCAAAACUUUGUUUAUCUAUGGUUUUUCGGAGGAGGACGCAACGCAAAUUGUCACCGACUGCGAAAACUGCGGAGGAACGAUUGUGGAUGAAAAUUAUACCGACGUUGCCGAUUACAUCGUACUUCCCACAUGUAGCAUUGGAGAAAUUGAAUUUACCGUUAAGGGGAGAGAAACUGUCAAUUGUAUUUGGUUGGAAUCUUCCAUCCAGGAUGGUUUAUGCUAUCCGCUGGAGUAUUAUUUCCAACCAAUUUUGUACGGCGAGAAUGAUCCAAAGCCAUUGGAGGAAGAAAUAUUAGUGAUAAGUACGUAUUCUGGUGCUGAGAGGAACUAUUUGAUUGCCCUUGGCGGUGUUCUGGGUGCGAAAGUCGAGGAUCGUUUGGUGAGGAAAGCAGCCCCAAUCGUGAUUUGUAAGGAGCCGAGCGGAGCCAAAUACGAAGCUGCCAUAAAGUGGGAUCUUACAGUGGUUAACGCCGAAUGGCUACGUGACUGUCUGAAACACAAACGCCGUAUGAAUGAGGAACCUUUCUUAGUGGGAAACUCAACAUGCUCUUCGAAAAAUAUCAUACAUGUUCCGGAAAGCAGCGGCCGAAUGUCUGACUUGCACAAUUUUUCAAAAAAUGCCUGCUUACCAACAACAUCGACGGACGAUGUUGAUAUCGAUUCGGUUAUUGCUCCAGCACCACCCGAACCCAGACCACAGGAAACAAUCGCAGCGGCUGCUGAUGAUGGGUGUGCCUCGGUGGAUACUCCGAAAGAGAAUAAACCGGCUAAUUACAGGUAUUUAGCGGUACAUAAGUCGAAGGACGAAAACGUAGUUGAGUAUCAAUUCAAGGGGCUUUCAACGCCCGAACUUCGCAAGAUUAGUGGAGAAGAGCGUCAGGUUUACUCACAAGAGUUAGAGCAAUAUGAAGAUUUGGUGCAGUCCCAGCGGGACCAGAGAAAAGACUUCGAUCCAGGGACCUCGGUUGAUUCUCCAUUUGUGUUGAAACAUCGCCGCUUGUCUACACUGUCCGGAAUAAACUCCCCGAUAACGCCAUCAUCCACGGGAAGUGGAACUUCCAACUACGAGCAACUUAGUGUGACACAAAGGGUGAUGGAAUUCGAGACACCGAUCCGUGACACAUUGUAUAAAGUAUUGAAAGAAGCAGAGGAAGCAGAUAAGAAAGUUACACCAAGAACGCGGAGAAUGAAUGAAUUGCUGGCGACGCCUAGCACCGAUCAAGCUGGUCAUGUAAAGACACCAACCCUGCCGGAGUGUAUGACGAAACCGGUAACGCCUUACGGAUUCCGUCCCGAUGCUAGUCCGGAGAAUCAUCUCUAUCAUAAACGCAAGUUGCAAGUGUGGGAUCAAUUCUAUCGUCCCAAACAACCGAGUGACCGUAGGAAGAGCACUCCGUUGAGCGAGAUUAAACGAAGAUUCUGGAGAGAGAAUUUGGGUGAUGAAUAUGUCGAAUAUAUCGAGUCGAAAUACGCCGACACUCAGUUUCAACCAUAUCAACAAAACGACGAGGAGGAGAAACGUUCGAAGAUUCCGAAAGAGGCCGAUGAUUGUCAACCAAGCACUUCGAGGACCAGCCUUCGCAGCAGUAAUGGAGGUAAGAAUAAUUCGAGGGAUGCAAGCGAAGUCGAUGAGCAGCGACAGAAUGAGAGUGGAAGCUCGAGUGUGAGUAAUGUAAGCGAGAAAAGACCUCGUGAGGAAGAUGAUGAUGAAUCGGAUGGAGAGAGUAGUGAGCAUCAGCAGGUUAUCGAACCAAUGGCUAAGCGUCCAAAUCUGGCUGAUAUGGACAACUUUAAACGUCUCAGUGAUUUGAUUAGCACGAACAAAAACUCUGCCAAAAAAUCGAAAAAGUACAAAGAAGAAAGCAAGGAAACCCAGUACUCGGAGCUACAAAGGUUUGAUUCAGAGAUGGGUUUGGAAGCUGCCGCUGGUGUCGGUUGGCGUGAUCCAACAGAGCAGGGAAGCGUGCAGCGUGUUGGCGAGAACAACGCAAAAAGCUACACUAGACGCAUUUUCGCUCUGUCGGGUGUUAACGAUGCAAUGAGAACCGAAUUGAUGAAGAAAGUUCUGGAGCUAAAAGCCGAGCUCUCAACAAAACCCAACGAGUAUGAUCCUGCCUGUACGCACAUUCUGUGCGGAAAACCGAACCGCGGGGAGAAGAUUUUGUCUGGGAUCGCUGCUGGCAAGUGGUUGCUGUGCACAAAAUAUAUUGAUGAUAGUUGCAAGGCUGGAUUUUUCUUGAACGAAGAGCUAUAUGAGUGGGGCAACCCGAAGGCGAGUGAUUUGCCGGCACUAGAGGCUUCGGAGAAGCAAGUAUCCAAUGCAGCUUACAGUUGGCGCAACAAAAUUGCCCGUGAAGCAGGCAAACACGAUGGCGUUUUCACGGGAUUUCGAGUUUUGCUAUUAGCACCGAAGAAGGAACAGUUUAUUCGGCUCUUGAAGUCAGGGGGUGGAUUUGUAAUCGAUGUUGAACCACCUUUUGUCAACUCAGAACAGGCAAUGACGGCUACACACUGUUUCGUGGAUGUGAAGAAAACCAAAAUUAAUCCCCGUGAUCACAAGACGCUGGCCGAGGCUGGAAUUGCCGUCAUGUCGAUUAUGUAUUUGAACGCUUAUCUAACGUCUGAAACGCUCCCGAAACCGGCCAACUAUCGAUUGGAAAUUUAAAAUGGAUCCAAUUGUAGAUAUCAAUCCGGACAAACACGAAGAAUACAUAGCAUUGAAUUGUGACAGGGAGAAUUUCGCUUUCCUCAAUAAAACUUCAUAAAACUUAAACUCGCCCUAUUUCAAUUGUGCAUAGACGCGACGGAUUGCCUUUAAGGGGGUAUUCUAGUGUAGAGACACGAAUUUCGGACGUUUUUUCGAACUCCGUAAAAAUAAAACAAAGAAUAUUUUUACUAUACAUUA